AUGGCUGGCAAUUUCUGGCUCGUGUACCACGACCUUCUCGAAAGCGACGAAGAGGUCGCCUUGGACUGGUGGACGGAUAUAGCGGACAUUCGGUUUGACAAAAUGGCUUUGGCUCAGCACGAUGCCGGCCUAUUUACGCACUACUUCCUCCCGACCGGCACCGUCGGCCCGAUCCUCUCCCUCUACGAGACCGCCGAGCCGCUCACGCGCGACGAGUUUGAGCGGAGGCGCGCGCUGGGCCGCUGGCUGAGUAUGGCUAUGUUGAGAGUGCUCGCGCGGCACCCCUCCUUUGCGCGGCAGGCCAUCCUCCUCCGCGUCGACGCCCGCAAGGACCUCAACCGCCACGCGGUCGCACGCAAGGCGGCGGAGCUGCAGGACGGCGACGCUCCGCCGCCGCCGCUGGCCGCCGAGACGACGGGCUCGUACUUUCUAGUGCGGCACGUGCCACUCGCCGAGGGCGCCGCCGAGGCGCUCUGUGACCGCGUGCGCAACGCCGGCCGCCUCACCUCGCCGCACCCGGCGCAGCUGCACAACCAUCUGCUGCUGCCCGCCGGCGGAGAGGGUGGCGUGUCGGUCUUCACGCUGUGGGAGACGAAGGCCCCGAUGGAGGCCGAAGUCUUCCAGGCCUUCAUCGACUCGCCAAACAGCCCCGCGUCGGUUGAGCUCUUCGACAGCACCACGCACGCGGUGGCGGCCGGCACGGGCUUGCUCCCCGCCGCCGCCUUCCCGCAGACGCUGAGCUUCGCGCAAAAGCUGCAGUUCCCCUUCAUGGACGACUCCAUGGGCGCCGUCCGCUCCGUCGGCGACAUGGUCCGCUCGAUGGGCGAGCUGCUGGACGAAGAGUCGCCGGCCGAGCAGGUGCUGUAUGGCACUUGGAGCCAGGAGGCGGUGGCGUCGGAGCAGGUGCCGUAUACGAGGCCGCGGGAGGCCGGGGCUUCGCCCGCCACCGCGACGCGCGAGGCGAUCGAGGAGAAGCUCAGGGCGCCGUUCGCCGUGCGUGCGCCCUUCCGCUCGCAAAAGGAGGCGCGGAAGCAGCUGCUCGAGCAGCAGGCCGGCCAGAUCAAGGACGCGCUCGACGAUGCGCGCAAGAAGUAG